CUUCACUCAUGUCUCUGUAAUAUUGAAGACAGAUGGCAUUUUUUUAGUUCCUCAGUCUUUUUGCAGCGAGGAUAGUGACAAACGCCGAUAAUUAUUAGCAGCCAAUCAGGAGGCAAGAUGAGAGCCUGGGUCCUGGUGAUGGUGAUGGUGUGUUUGAGCAAUGGAAAGGUCACAGGGUGCUCAGUUGGGGUGAUUAUCACGGUGCCAAAACUGAGAAAAGCAUCCAUCUCCUGUCCACCCACCAUGGCUAACAGCUCAGAGCUCAAAUACCUGCUCCUCUUCAAUGACAGCUGCAUCAGCCAAAUAAGUCUGAGUAAGGGCAGCAGCCUUGGAAGGAUGCACUUAGAUUCUACACAUAGUUUGUUCUCCAGUCACUUUGAAGUCACCGCCUACAAUAGUGGAGUGUACAUCUGCAAGAGGGAGGUGAUUUAUCCUCCACCAUUCAGCAUGGAUUGUCACACCACUGAAGUUGUAGUGGCAGAAAAGUCUCUUCCGACAAACAAUGACACUGUCCCGGUAGCCAAUCAGAGCUGUCCAGUCAGGUCUCCAUUCAUCCCAGACAUGGUGAUGUGGGUGGGAUGUGGUGUUUCAUUGGUCUACAGCCUGUCAAUCACCUUCAUAAUCAUUGUUAUAUGGUCUCCUCAGAGGAAGCUGAAGAGAGAUGAGGAGGAUACAAGCGUGUAUGCCAACACCAGACCUGGAGAGUUCAGCAAACCCUGUAAAGUUUAACAACAGCUUAUGGCAAUUCUAAAGAAAUAUUGCUGCACUUAGUGUUUGUAAUGUAUUGUGACUGUAGUCAAAAUUUGGAAAACAAAGACUUGUAGUUAGAGAGCUGGUCAUAAUGGUGAUUUAAUUUACAAACAUUUUCUUAUAUUGUUAUUAUUUUCAAUUGUUUCACUAAAACAUCCUGUCUAUUUGACAAUCCUAUUCUCUUUCAUGAACUCUUUAGUCUGUGAUUGACAGAGAGAAGUUAAAACAGUUAAAUGUAAAGUGUUCUUAUUAUCACUGUCAUGACAAUUAUUUCUAGGAUUCAUGAAGAAGAUUAAGUUUAUUUUGAGUAGGUAUGGAUUUCAUCAUCUGGUUAUCUGGUUAGAGGGGACAUGAGUAAUUCUCCUUCAUGUUGAAUCAAAUUGCAUCUUGAAUAGUUCAGAAAUGUCUCAGGCAUGAGAAAAUUUACUUAGAAAUGAUGUCAAGAAAUAUUUUUGAUGAUUAAAAUGCAAAGCGGGUGUGAUAAUGUGCUACUUAUCAUGAUUCAGAAUAACUGUUUUCAUGCCUCUGCAGGAAAUGAACAAAUGUCAAGCCCGGCUCUCAGCAAAGACAUACCUGAAUGAAUGAAUAUUGCUGACCUUUCUUGUCAGUGGCUACUAUUGCCACUACUAUAGAAAUCAACCUAUAUUUGAAUAUACACCUCGAAUAUGCUGUCAAUUGCAGAUGAUGACUAUUUUAUGAGUUUAAUUUAGAUUUUCAACACACACCAAACUUCCAGUUAACAAUGGUUUGAUCUCUGAACAACAUCUACAGCUACAUCUGUUGCCUUGUUUUGUCGUUUACUUACUUUAGUGAUGGAUACUCUUCUGUACACACUGUAAUACCAAUUACUGUAAAUACUGUGAGAAAACCCCUGUAAUUGUCCUCCUGACACUGCAGAAAAAAAAUCUUCAAGGUGUGUUAGACAGAAAGUUUAUGCCUCCCAUGAGAGGUAGAGUAAGAAAGCUGUAAUGGUUUUUACCAUGUCAAAAUAAUUACUUUCAAUAAUGAUUCUUUGUUGAAGGAGUUCUUUUUUAUAAUGGCAUGCUGGGUGGCCCAAUACUUGGACAGUGACAGACAAACUACAAUGUGAGUGACAGCACAGAAUAUGAGAUGUUUCCCUGAGACGAAAGCAGGGUCUCACACCUAAUAUCACCUCCGAAUGUCACAGAGAGUUGAAUUAAAUGUAGAACAGAGAAACAGACACUGUUUCAUUGCAUCUGGAGGCAUAAACAUGUACAAGUUGUUUGGAAAGGAAUAAUCAACACAAUUUCCAACAUCAUCGCAAAGAAAUGCCUGUACGCCCUGAGUUUGUAUUCUUAGUCUUAAUCCAGAAUCUUUGGCACCGAGAACUCAUGAAAUUGAUAAACUUUGGCUAAUACAUGCGAGGCGUCUUAUUGCUCACCAUUGGAAAGGUGUUUGUUGUCCAUCCUUAAACCUUUGAAUUAAUGACUUUUCUUCUGCUUAGCGAUUGAAAGGCUCACAUAUGCAAUCAAACAAAAAAUCUCUUCUCAUCUCUAAUAAAAAAUCUGAUUUAUUUCUUACAUUUUUGGAAUCAAGUAGCAGUAAAUGCUUUAAUCUCAUGUGUAAUUUACAGUUACGUAUGGCUUGUGGACUGUCUUUGGGUGUGCUGUAGGAAAAUGAAGUAUUUCUUCGUCCAGUUCAAAGCUGCACCAGCGGGAAUGAAACUUUGGAGUUCAGACGGAGAUAAUGAUCUUUAUUUUACUUCAUGUUAAUCCAUAUUAAAUUACCUUUAAUAGACGA